AAUUUUCACUUGUGGUUUCACCUUCAUCAUCUCAUCCAUACGAAUGGAUUUUGGAUUCAGGAUGCACCCACAUAUCUCCCAUAUGGGAUUGGUUCUUUAAUUUUCAGGAAAGCAAUGGAGGGGUUGUCUAUAUGGGUAAUGAUAAUGCCUGUAAGACAACUGGGAUAGGUUCAAUCCAUUUAAAGAAUCGCGAUGGUUCCACAAGAGUUUUGACGGAUGUUCGGUAUGUGCCGAGUUUGAAGAAAAACCUCAUCUCAUUAGGAGCCUUGGAAUCCAAAGGCUUGGUAGUGACUUUGCGAGAUGGAGUUAUGAAGGCUACAUCCGGCUCGCUCGUGGUGAUGAAAGACAUAAGGAGGAAUAAUUUGUAUUACUAUGAAGGUGAUACGGUUGUUGGGACAGUAACAGUAGCAGAUUCCACCAACAAGGAGUCUGAAGCAGUCAAGUUGUGGCAUAUGCGGUUGGGACAUGCUGGUGGAAACUCCAAUUUUAGUACUGAAAAUCCUUCUUCUGAUUCCCCCUCAAACAUACAACCAUGUAGUCAAGAAAACCACAUUGAGAAAGUUGGGCAUAUAUCUGCUGGGAGUGGAGUUCACACGCAAAAGGGCACAACUACCAGUAUAGAGAACCAACCUGAUCCAACAAUGAUGGUUCUUCAGCCACCAGAAAAGGAAUUAGCAGCUAGCUUGUCGAUCAUACAACUAACUCGUAGCAGUGACAAUGGAGUCUUGCAAGCAAAUUACCAAGGUCCAAAUAUGGAGUUGGAGUCCACACCAAAUCUUCACACCUUAACAGAGAAUGCAGAGAACUCUGUGGUGGACAUUGCAAAAAGAAAAGGAUGGAGGAGGAAAUCCAAUGCACUAGUGGGCAAGGCUAUCACUACAAUUUCACCUUGUAUUAACCAAGAAGAGCUCAUUCCAAGAAGAAGGAAGAAGAAUCUGGCA